CGGGGUUUAGACAUGCUCUUACCUUGGUUGACGGCGAGGUGGAUUUCAACGCAAGUCUCAGUUCGGUCGCAAAAUUCAUCAGCACACGACCGCAGAUGAAUUCGUCAGACAUUGUGUUUGUUUUUUGUGGACGGAAGGUUUUCACAAGAGACAGCCACGGCAAGAAAUUAUACAGUCCUCAAGGUCUCACGUGGGAGGGCGGAAUAUGUAACGACGAAAAAAAGGUGGUUCUCGUGAACGACAUUGCGAAUAUUUUUUAUGCCUUGCCGAACGCUGGGUUCCAGCUCGCACGCCUGCUGGGUGCACCAACAUCGUGCACACCAGACUUUUCAGAGCUGGGAGGUCGGACUAAGCUGUUCUAUCCCUCAAACUGCUCUAUGGAUAACAUUACAAACUUUCUCAGAGAGCUCCAACGAAAGAAUAUUAGCCAGGCAAGUGAAUGUUUCCGCAAAAAGUACAACAGCUCAGUCUCAUCGAACUUCUACUACGUCCUGCCAUGGAGGAUUGCAAAGGAAGACGAGUACUGCAAGAAAGUUGGAGGUUUGAGGAACGAACCACGAGACAGGGGUCUCUGCAGUCGACUGACAACACAGCGGGUAUACGAGUGGCCCGAGCUAAAAAAUGUAACACACUCAAGAAAGACACCAUGCAUCUUCGACUGCUGCACUGUUUCGGAUAAUAAGCAGGAACUUAAAUUUCAAACCAAUUUGGCUUUCGAUGGCAAGCCCUGUGGAGAAGAAGGAGACGGAAAAAAGUGCUUCUACGGCAUGUGCGUAGACACGAAACGCAUCGGAUGACAAGAGACGAGAAGCUCGAGAUGCAUUUCCAGACUCAAAGCUGAACAUUUGAAAUCACUCCUACGCUAUAAGCAGAAAUGUUUGCAAUGAAAAUAAUAAAGUGAAAGAAAAUUCCUAAACAGUG